AUGAAAAUACCAAUUCCAUGGGUUCGCAUAUUUUGGCUCGUAGCCAUCACACUGCCGCCAAGCCACUCAGUAGACCCAGAACCAGGUCGAAAGGAGAUCGACUUCUGGAAUUAUAAUCCAAAUGAACCGACUCUAAGUCCUACUGCCUCGGAGCAUGCUUUGAAUCCUUUAGAUUUGGAACCAGGUAAAAUACUAAAGGAAUUCGAUUUUCUUGGCGCUUGGGCGGAACGCAGCAAGAAACAAUCAAGUGAUACAAACAAGAAGCCCCUCUCCCGGAAAUUGGACCAGCUUUUGGAAAUUGACCGAGGAAUCCGACCGCACUGGGAUCGAGGUAAACGACUGAAGACUCAGCCAGCACAGAAUCCGCAAACUGCCGAUCGGAGACAGCUGUACCCACCAGGUGUGAUUACAUUCCCUAUGAGUUUAUAUGAAGAGGGAAGUGGGGGACAGCCAGCGCCAACUAACUUGCCUGUGCUACCGAUCCUCGCACACAUCUUACGUUUCGCGAACUAA